UUCCGCACACUGUAAUCUAAUCCGUUUGACAUCUAAAAUGGGCCUUCAGAGCGCCGAGUCCAUCCCGCAGCUCACGGUUACUUGCAGGAGAACCGGAUAAAGACACACACGGAUAAAGAUCGGACGCGUUUAAACCACUGGAUCCGUCAACUUUGGUCCUUGAUUUUGGAGCGGGAGCAGUUUCGCAAAAUUUUUUGCUUAUUUUUUUUGUUUGUUUGUUUGUUUGUUUUGCUUUGCAUCCGCAGAGUGUUUGUGUGUAAUAACUUACCCGGCAUCUGGAUUGUCCGCUAAAAAAAAACCCCACAUCAUUUUGUCUGAACGCAUCUUUCUCUCUUUUCUGCUUUUGCUCUCAGCUCCGUAUGAUCCUGCAGGUUUGGAUAAGCAAAGCUAGCUUAGCUGAAGUUAGUUGUUCAGGCUAGCCGUGGCUGGGGUUUAGCUAGCAGAUUGUGCACGCGCUGAUUUCAUUUCCAGAGCAUUGCCCCCUUUUUUCUCCCCCUGCUUCAUUCCAAAGAAAUCGGAGGCAAAAGCGUCGACAGAUAUAUAUCAUUUUUUUAAUACAGCCACCUUUUACCGCGAGGCAAAAAAAAACAAGAAUAACCUAACCAACCAAACAAACAAACAAAGGAUUUGGGUUGAGUUUCACUUGGAGAAGAAAGAAACACCAAGAAACUGACAUGAUGUUUCCACAAGCCAGGCACUCGGCCGCGUCUCAAUCAGCACAACCGCUAAAGUUCACCACCUCGGAUUCCUGCGACCGCAUUAAAGACGAGUUCCAGUUUCUCCAAGCACAAUAUCACAGUCUAAAGUUGGAGUGUGAUAAACUGGCCACGGAGAAAUCAGAGAUGCAGCGUCACUACGUCAUGUACUACGAGAUGUCGUACGGGCUCAACAUUGAGAUGCACAAACAGGCUGAGAUUGUAAAGAGGCUGAAUGCCAUAUGCGCUCAGGUGCUGCCCUACCUGUCCCAAGAGCAUCAACAGCAGGUCCUGGGAGCAAUUGAGAGAGCCAAGCAGGUCACUCCACCAGAGAUGAACUCAAUAAUUCGGCAGCAGCUCCAGGCCCACCAGCUCUCUCAGCUACAGGGUUUGGCUCUGCCUAUGACCCCUCUGCCCCUGGGCUUGACCCCUCCGACCUUGCCUUCCUCCUCCUCGUCCUCCACCGCUCCUGGUCUCUUCUCUCUCUCCAGCAUCCUGGCGUCACACGCUCACCUCGCCAAGGAAGAGAAGAACGCCCGUGAUGCCGCGAACAGCGCCGACACACACCGCGACGACGACGGAGACAAAUCCGACUAAGCCCACUUUAACGCUUCUCUCACCGAGGCGAAGAGAGCACAGAGAGACAAUGACGAGAACACCGCCUUGUUUUGUUUUUCCUCUCGCAUCCUCCUUCUAAAGCCUCUUGCUUUUCUGAAUGCAUGCCUUAGUUUAAAAAAAAAAAAAAAAGUCCUUUUUAGUCAUUGCGUUAACAAAAAAAAAAACAAAAAAAAAAAUCUAUUUUCUUUCCUGAUUUCCUCCAUUGUGUUUGGGUUUCCAUUAUUCCGCUGUGGGAUCCGCGGCUUCCUGCAGUCUGCUAGACUUUCCGAUAUCAUCCCUUUAGAGCUCCUUCUCAUACGAGCUCGUCCUCAGACUAAACAGAGUAGCUUCUGGAUUAAGCCGAGGACGUGAUCCUCUUUCCAGACGCUCAGACAAUCCGGUAUUUUUCUUUAUUCCCGCGUUGCACACGUGGCAGAAUCCGAUAUAGUUUGGAAGUUCUUGUAAAAGCACAAUUAUCCAAAAUCAGCAAUGUUAUCGUAGAGUAACUGUAGACCCCAAUUAGUUUUUUGUUUGUUUUGGCUCUAUUUCUGUCUUUGUUUAUCUUCUCUGCAUAAAAACUUUGCAUUUCAAUCGUAAAGGUGCGGUUCGUGAUCGUUAAAAAGUUGUUCUAGAUCUAUAAUAAUCCUAUAGUUUCGAAGAUCCCUUAGGAAACAGACCGACUUAUUUCAUUUCCAUCUCCAUCCAAAUCUGAUCAAUCCUUUCAGCUUCCUGUUUCUCCUUUUUCCAUUCCAGCGUGGUGGUGGUGGCAUCAUGUUUGGGUGAAAAGGUGAUUAGUCAGAGAAGCAGCCAUGCAUGAGCUGAGCUACCACCACCACCAUGGUUCACUGUGUCCAUUCAGUCCAUUUCAGUUUUUCCAGUUUCGUGUUCCCACUAGUCAUCACUUGAGUCCAGCAUUUUGAAAACUAUUUGGAAGUUCAGUUUGUUCAUCUGCUUUGUGUUGUCUUCUAGAUGGGAUUAUGUGCUUGGCACUUUCUCAGUCUUAACUUCGAGAGAGAAAAAGAGAGAGAGAGAGGCUGAUGAAGGAACUCUUUAUAGCUGCUAUAAUGUAAGUGGUAACAGGAACGACUUUUAGUUUUUUCGUGGAAAUGCCACAGCGUUAAACGGAACUAUAAAUGGAUAAACAGUACGUGUAAUAGUUGCCAAAUCGAUGUGGUCAGAGGAAAACAACGCUUCAGACAUAACCACAUCGUCAUUGAUUAGUUUCCUAUAACAGCAUGCUGCAUCGUGGGGUUUUUCAGGCAUAUCUACGCUCAUGUUUUAUUAUUUUGCCCCUUAUCGUGCUUCACUUCAAAAGCAGACUAAUGGAGUGUGUGAGCUAGAACCUUUUCCUCUUCUGCUACCAAAAGGAGGUGUAUUGUUUUGCCUCUUCUUCCUCUCUCUCUCUAAGCUGUGUGCACAUGGGGGUGUGUGUUGUAGAUGGUGUAUUUGUGCCAUAUACACAGGAAAGGGAAGUUUGUUCAUGUUCACCGAAUGAUCAGGAAAAACGAAAAGAAAAGUGCAGCUUUGUUUUGACGUAUCCAGGACGCGCUUUCGGUCCGAGAUUUCUCAUUCGAAGCCUGCGCUCCUGUGAUCUUUCAGAGGUGAGCACUUAGUUCGAAAUCCAUUUCCCGAAUGAAUCGAUUUCUACCAAACUACGACUGCUCGAAAUAAUGGUCUUUAUAGAUCCUGUUCUGUGUUGCACCCCCCCCCUCCCUUUUAGAAAAGGAAAUUAACACCAAGAGAGAGAGAGACAGUUCUAACAUCAGCAUUCGGCUGUAAUCUGCAACCUCCGAGCUGCUUUGCACAAGACUACAGCGGAAUCUUUUUUACAGUCGACACAGACGUCAGGCUUAAGAAUGCAAAUAUGGCUUAUUUUUUCAAGUACAAAAGAAGCAGGUGACGGUUCAGCGGUGAAAACGAUUAGCACAGAAAGGAUCGAAUCUAAGGGUCUUGGCACAAAAUCAGUUUAGAGAAGCCAGUUUGUAAUUUUGUCGCUUGAAAAAUUUGCCGAACGAGGAAAAGUGUGAUCCAUUGGCAGAGCAGGAUCAUACUAAAUAAUGACAAUUUCUCACUUUAUUUGUUUUUAAAGCUCCCCCUCAAGCAGAACUUAUUUCCGCCAUGUCACCACAAGGGGGCAGAAUUUCCUUGAGAACAUGUUGUGCCUGUUGUGAAAGUACAGUAUAUGGGUUCUGUUUGGCUUGUAGGAUUUUACUACCUAUAGUACGUUUUUAAAAAAUCGUUCUAAUCCAGGGGUCAUCGAUUUCUAGGCUGGAGACGGAACGGUUCGAGGAUUUCCGUGUGUCCACAGCGAUGUUUAAUAGAGGUGGAGGAGCAGGGAAAGGGUCAAACUGUUAAAUGUCCAGUCUUACAGGACUGCAGAGAGAAGAAUUCAUUAUGGACAUGCUGUGUAGAGGUAUGUUUGGGAAGGUGUGUGUGUGUGGUAGGAUAGAAUAGUAUUGUUUGUACUGUAUGUAUUUUAGUACAUGCCAUCAACCCCUGUCAGUCAACACCUGUGCUGGGAUGGACACUGGUGUUGGAUCGUUUUGGGUUUUUUAUAUAUAUAUAUAUAUAAGUUCAAAAUAUUUCCCGAAAUUUUUGUCAUUCAGCUUGAAUGAAAGAACGAAAGAAAGAAAAUAGCUACUCACACAAAUGUUAAAAAUGCCUUAGAAAAAGGUUUCAUUAAGGUUUCAUUUCUUUCCAGUAUAUAAAAAAUGAACGUUGGUCACCUUUUUUUUUAUUUUUCUUGUUCUUUUUUUUUUUAAAAUAGUUCUGUUUGUGAUUGCACUUGAUCGUCACCGUGAGCGGGGAAAAGAAAAGAAACAGGGAAGCAAGACAAGUACACAAAAUCUUACUGGAAAAAGAUUCAAACCAAUCAAAUAGUGUGUGUGUGUGUGGGUGGGCUUGUGUGUGUUUAUGUUGUGAAGGGACAAUUUCUAAUAUAUGUAUAAAUAUAUCAAUAUACAUAUAAUUUUGUAAACAUUUUGUAUGUAUAGAGCUACAUUUAUCGUGUGUGUGUGUGUGUGAAGGAAAUGUAGUGUAUGCAGUUUUGAUGACUGAGAGCCUGUCCAGUAUAUUGAUUGAGACUUGCCUUGAAAUACGUAGAUGUAUUUCAGGAAAGAAAAAUAAAUAAAUAAACUAAAUUAAAUUGGCUGUAGUUGUUACACUAGGCAGCAAUCUGCACAUCAUUUUCAGGACCUGAAGUAUUUGUUUUCCUUUACACUCCUUCGAAAAAAUAAAUAAAAAAAAGUGAUCUAAAGCUAACGUAGCUCUGUGGUCAGCCGAGGUCCAGACGAUGGAUGGUCAAGUGCGAGUUGUAAAUACAGCAUCCGUUUUCUCAACACCUGUAAAGUUAACGUUCGUUUCGGAUCCGAUAUUAGAAUUUCAACCCUUCUGAUUUCUUCCUUUUAAUUUUCUUCUUUAGUAAGUUUUUACUUUUCUCUUCUCAUUUCGUGAUGUGUGUUAAACUCUUGAGUGUGUUCUUGCUGGAAAGUGUGUCAGUUGUGUUAUGAAGAUCAAUGUUAUUGUUUUUGUUUUGUUUUUUUUUGUUUGUUUAAGGAGAAAAAAAAAUGUGAGGGGAAACUUAAAGUUCAAUUUGUUUCGUUAUUCAAGACUGGGAUUCUGCAGUAAGGAAAUAUUUAUGGUGCCUUACAAAUAAAAGCUUCAGUGUACCUCUAA